CUGACGUUUUGGAGCGAAAGCUUAGCAUCAGAUGUUAUUUAAUAACAUAAAAACAAAAACAAUUAUUUCUAUAGAAAAUCACGCAACGUAACAGGGAACAAAAAGUGUUUUUGUAGAAUUGGAGUUGCACACGAACGUACAAACAACAACUCAACUCAACGCAAACGUAGAAUACACAGCAACGAAAGAGUGACAUAUUAUCAAUUGGCUCGCGUAUUUUGUGUUGGUUGAAGCGCAUUGAUAAUGUUGUCUUUCAUCAGACGAAAAUUAUCAGAGUCCGACUCAGGAGGCGGCAACAGCACAACGCUUGCGAACGGCCCGACAAGCGGUACAAUAGAUAAUUUUCUUGCACAGAAAACUAGUCAAAUGUCUUUGGAUAAUGAACCAAUCGCCAUUGGGGAGGAUGCAUUAAUGCAGGAGCUGGGCUACAAAAAUGCAACCGACCUACAAGAAACUGUUUAUGAUGUGCUAAGGACGAUUCGUGAUCCGGAGAAACCAUGCACGUUAGAAGAUCUGAAUGUUGUUUAUGAAGAGGGCAUUAUUGUGCAACCGCCAACGAAAUCUAAUGUUUCUGUGGUACGCAUCGAAUUCAAUCCCACUGUUCCACACUGCUCCUUAGCUACGCUCAUCGGCCUAUGCAUACGCAUUAAAGUUGAACGCAGUUUACCACAUAAUAUUAAAUUGGACAUUUACAUCAAAAAGGGUGCACAUACAACAGAAGAUGAAAUUAAUAAGCAAAUAAAUGACAAGGAGCGCAUUGCGGCCGCUAUGGAGAAUCCAAAUUUGCGUGAACUUGUAGAGAAUUGCAUACUGGAAGAGGAAUGAACAACAAAAUCAAACUAAAUUAUAACUAAGGUUCCCUAAAUUAAGAAAAUCUAUAUUGAUUAGUUAACUUCCUCACAAAUGUAUAUAUUCCUAUUUUAUAUGUACAAAUCUGUAUUUUUAAUAUAUGGUCACAAGCUGUA